CUAACAGCUACGUCUGCAAGUGUCCGUACCGAAGUCAUCUCACCAAAGGCCAUCUCGGCGUCAAAAUCCCUUAUCUUUUUUCCCAUGAGGCGGUCGAUGACGCCAGGCGGUCGGCGAUCCCGUCUUAUUGUUUCCAUCAGUCAUGGAAGGGAAAUUUCAGCAAGAAUGAUUAUCCACGAUCUUCUCAUAACCUCUGGCUGAUCCAGUGAUCGGCCCAGUGGCUUUCUAUCCAGCGAAAAGUCUCCAAUUGCAUGGACAAAGCGUAGAGCACUUCAUUGUUGCUCCCUCAGUUACCUCCUACCGUUUACUACUGUCAGUCCGGAUCAAAGCGGUUGAUCCGUGACGGUCGGCAGCUUGUUUGGUAUCAUCGCCAAGCGUUUUUCACCGUUCAUCAAAUGGUCCAGCAGACAAUAUCGUUGUACAGAAGUAUUUUGCUGGAGGGUCUUGGUAUUCUGAGGGACAGGGCCCUCCGGUGACGAUCCUGCUCUUUGCCGAUGAUCCCGCUGGCUUCCUCCGGUAGAGCCUGCAGUUUAGCCUGCAGUAGCCUACAACCCGUCGCAAGAGGCAGAUCGCUCUCUUUUGCGACAUCUAGCACAAUAUGGUCUCGAUACUUACCGGACUAUCUCUCCUCCCUUAGAAGCCAGCGACUAUCUCCAUCCUACCUCCCACGAUCUUCGCGAAGGACUUUUCAUGCAACGUCAUCGUUCAGUCUCGAUGCUUCGCGCAUCUCCUACCGUGUGGCGGCCUCGUCCUCUCCCAAGAACCGCCGUUUCCACCCUCCCACCAAUUUCCACAAUUUCCGACCCGAGCUUCACGAUGCCAUCGGCGUUGUCACAGAAGAAAUUGACGCAGUCACCAGGCGCAAGAGGAGGCCAGAUAGUGGGGAAGAUGCUUUCUUUGUGAGCAGAGUUGGAAGUCAAGACUCCGGGGCCAUCGCCUUCGCAGUCGCGGACGGAGUUGGAGGCUGGGUGGAGUCAAAGGUCGACCCAGCGAACUUCUCUCACGCUCUGUGCCGCUAUAUGGCGCUAGAGGCGCUAUCUUGGGACUCGUCGACCGACAAAUUGCGGGCUAAGAACCUGCUUCAGUCAGGAUACGACCAGCUGGUGGCGGACAAGUCGGUUCGGGCUGGUGGGAGUACUGCAUCGGUCGGGGUGGGCUUAGAAGACGGUCAGGUCGAGUUGGCCAAUCUAGGUGACUCGGGCUCGAUGCUCCUCCGUCUUGCGGCUGUGCAUCAUUAUUCGGUCCCACAGACUCACGGCUUCAACACACCAAUGCGUGCUCAGGCCUCCAUAUUCGGCGGCUCUUUCUUGGAGGACUCACCGCGCGAUGCAGCCGUCACAAACCUUCAUAUGCAGCACGGCGAUGUGCUCAUGCUAGCGACCGAUGGGGUCUAUGAUAACCUGAACAAUCAAGACAUCCUGAAGCUCAUCACAAGCCGGAUGAUUCUGACCGGGGCAUGGACCGCCACGCCCGAUUUGGGAAUCAAGGUAUCGGAUGAUCUCGGAGCCCUGACGGGCCCUGACGGCCUCGCUUCUCUACUUCCCUGGCCAUCCUCGUCUUCCAAGCCGUCAGCGGCCGACCCUUCCACAUCGGGCAAUGUCGCGCCAUCCAGCCAAAUCCUUCACCACCAUACGCUACAGUCUCUACUCGCCUCCACAGUCGCCGGCGAAGCCAAACGGGCCAGCAUGGAUUCCCGACGGGACGGCCCAUUCGCCAAAGAAGCCCAGCGCUAUUAUCCCGGCGACUGGUACAGGGGCGGAAAGGUGGACGACAUCUGCGUUUUGAUCAUUGUGGCUGUUGAAGAGGGUCGAGGUCAUGAAUCUCGCUAGACUUCCGAGUUUGAUCUGCGUUUUGGCGCUGUAGUUAUGUAUAGACCCUGCUGAGUCUACCAGAGCCGGAAAUGGGUGUCACUUGUGCAGAUAGUUUCGGAAGGGCUGUAUCAUAUGAUGUUAUCUGCCCAUACAGCAUCUAGUAUAAUAGAAUAGGAUACCAUAUAUUAUCACGUUAUCAAUCUAGACACAA